AUUUCCGCUUCUUCGGAGGAAGACGUUACCUCCCGUCAACAACAAUAUGGCUGAAUUUACAUCGGAGGUCUUACCACUCACAGGGAAUCCCAUUUGGAAUGAUGCUUCAUUCUUUUUCAUGGUAGCCGUCUUUGCACUAGUACAGGUACUUAUAGUUGUUGGUGUGUAUAUUAAAAGACAUUUUAACAAUAGAUGUAUUGUCGAUCAUCGUGUUACCACCAGCAGUGUAGAUUCAGUGUAUCACGUCAAAAGGGCUAUCAGCAAGAGUGUACAUCCAGUGAAAGAUGAAGAUUUAUAUACUGAAAAGAGUCAAAUUAAGGAAUGUACAGAAACACAUGAGCAAAUAUUGUUUCCUUCACGCUAUGAACCCAAAGCAGUGACGAGACAAGACCCUGUUUUGACCGAUUGGGGCUCAAAUCUACGACUGCUGAACAACGUGAACGACACAACGAAUAACAACCUUAAAGCUAAACCACCUGACAGUUGUCUACAAGACACGAAUGGUGGAUUAGAAAAGGGUACCACUUCGGAAGCGCUGUUUGCCGAACAAUUUCGCCCGGCAGAAUGUACUAUCAUAGUUUACCCAGUGAGUGACACCGAUCCAUCUGAGACCAUUAACGGCACCCAAGGUAUGGAAGAGGAAGAAAAUGACGGGAUUUUACGAAGAACUACUGGGGAUAGCACAGAUAACAAUGACUCUCGGCCAGUCAUAUCGUCGGAUAUCGCAAACCAGCUGACAGAGAUUAGCCCAGAACAGGCAUCGGUAGAUGGCUCUUCAGAGUUCCUGGGUAUUGGAACCCAGCCUAGGUACAUGUACCCGGGAUACAAACUGCAGGCGAAAAGGCUACAGACAUAUCGUCGCUGUCCAUAUCGUUUGCAACUGAAAAAAACCCGCUUAGCUAAUGCUGGAUUUUACUUUACCGGAUUGAGGGACUGUACCAAAUGUUUUUGCUGUGGCGGAGGGUUAGAAAAGUGGGAGGCUGAAGAUGAUCCAUGGAUUGAACAUGCGCGGUGGUUUCCAAACUGCAGAUUCGUCAUCAGAAACAAGCAACAAUGGUUUGUCGACCUUGUUCAAGACACUCUAAGGCAUAGCCAAACUAAAAACAUCCCGCAGUUGACCCCACACCAGCAAAGACAAGUCAGUCGUCAGCAGAACUCAGAACUGCAGCAGCGGCAGCAGUACAACUCGACAUCUCGAACUGAACUGCAUGGUUUGGAUAGGAUGACAGUGCCCCGAGUGAUCUCUGAUCUGACCGGUAAUUAUAGUGUAAGUGGCAGCUUACCCAGGUAUCCUCAAUACGCCGAUGUUGCUUCGAGGUCCAAUACAUUUCGGGGGACAGACAGCCUAGAUGAUCCGCAGAUGGCCGAAGCUGGGUUCUUCUGCAAAGCUCGAGGUUUGCUAGUGUGUUUCCAUUGUGGUGGGCAUCUGUAUACCUGGAAGCCAGGAGACAACUUGUGGAUCGAACAUGUGCGUUGGUUCCCUAAUUGCUCAUACCUUAAAGCCAAACGGGGUCAAAGUUUCAUCGCGGAUGUUCAAAGUAGACUUGAAAAAUUCGUUAAUGUGGAGAUGACAAAUACUACAUUUUCGCAGUACCCACAAAGGAUUAGUUUGCAGACUCGUCGUCAUAACAACCUAGAAACCAGUAACCCACAGUCCCCAACGGUAGCUAGACAUAUAAGUCAUCAGGACCGUCCGGUAGAUUCCGCGGAUGAAACGAACGAAGAUACCAGGGCGGAGAAUGUGUGGUCCGAAUACCAGCAACAUCCAGGACCCUCCGUAGACCAGGCACAACCUCAGCCAAGACCCUCCAUAGCCCGAACCCAACAUCAGACGAUACCUACCGUGGCUCAGAUCCAACAACAGCCGAGACCCUCCGUGGCUCAGACCGAAUAUCAGCCGAGACCCUCCGUGGCUCAGACCCAACAUCAGCCAAUACCCUCCGUAGAUCAGGCCCAACAUCAGCCGACACCCUCCGCGGCUCAGAUCCAACAACAGCCGAGAUCCUCAGUGGCUCAGACCCUAUAUCAGCCAGGAUCAUCCGUGGCUCAGAUCCAACAACAGCCGUUACCCUUUAGGAUCCAGGCUCAAGAAAAUCAAAUUUCCCUUAGCCAGUCCGUAACCGUAGAGAAUGGACAAAUAAAUCCUUUGAGACCCAACAUCAUUUCGAAUCGAAAUACUGAACAAGUUAACCUACACAGGACGGUCUAUGCGGCGCGUGUGACCAGAAACACACAGACUGGACAAGUUGUUCAGAGUUAUCAGUGGGACCUACUGUGUCGGAAAUGUCAAGAGAGAGCAGCAGACGUAAUGUGUGUACCGUGUGGCCACAUGGUUUGCUGUAGACGUUGUGGUAGACGUGAACGCGCCUGUCCUGUUUGCCAUAGGUUCAUCGAUGGAAUUGAACAAUAGACUAUUGCAUAUUCCCGUUUUACAUUGGGUAUUGCAGUACGGUGUGACUAACUUUUAACAUAGAAAACAUCUUCUAAUAUGGUCUUAUCGAGGGAGACAUGCAAGAAUGUGUUAAGAUAUCAAAUGAUGAUCUAAGGAAAAUCUCAAUCUGGGCUAGAAAAUGAGGAAAUUGUUUUUAAUCUUGAUAAACUGUAGCUCUGCUCUUCCCAAGGCGGGUUGACUCUUAGUCACUGCAACUUAAUCUAUAUUUUGAUGAAUCAACCGCUAUUAUUGUUUCUAAUCAUAAACACCUAGGUUUGUUUUUUCAACUGCAAUGCUAUUUGGUCUAACAACAUAAACUAUAAACACGAAAAAUCUUGUAAAAUAAUUAAUAUACUUAGAAUGAUAAAUACAAAAUUGAGAGAAAAUCACUCGAAACAAUAUAUAUCACAUUUAUACGUCCAAUUUUGGAAUAUGCAAAUAUUGUAUGGGCGAACUGUACGCAGAAUGAAUGAAGUGUCUUAUGGUCAAUCCAACUAGAAGUAGCACGUAUUAUUUCAGAUUUAAGUCGUGGAACAAAAGACAUUUACACGAAAAAUCUUUGUUUUUAUAAAAUAGGAAAUUAGAAAUGCACCUCUAUGAUAUAAUUCAACGGUGCAUCAACAAUAAUACUUACAAUUAUCAUCUUCGCCACAAUAGAAUUGUUGAUGUUCCAACACCGAGAACUCGGUUAUAUAAUGCCGGUUUUGUCCCGAAAUUAAUGUCUGAAUGGGAGAUGUUUUACACUCAGCUUAAAUAGAUUCUCAAUCCCAAAAUAUGUUUAAAUACCAUGGUGAUCGAAAAUUUAAUAUUACUUUUUGACAACUUAGAAACUAUGCCAGCAACAUGAAUUCAGUUCUAUUUUAAUCUUUCUUUAUUGAAACCCCUGCCUGCUUAUAUAAUUUUACUGUUAGGGAUUGUGCUCACUUCUUCCUCCAUUGUUCCCUGUAUAUUAAUCAAAGGCAAAUUCUCACGAAUUCCAUACAUGCUCUUAAUACUAUUCCAUUAAAUACUAUGACCUUUCUUUAUGAAUGUCAAAGACUAGAUAUCAAUAUGAAGAUUCAUUCGAUUAACUAGACGCUUUUACUAGAUUAUACCUAUUUGUUUUUCUAUUAUCACAUGACUUUGCUUUAUGAAAUGAGACCAACACAAAAUUGUACGUGUAUGCUGUCCACCAGCACCAUAUGUCUGAUGUUUGUAUACUCUUGUUUCUGAAACAACAAUUUUCAAAAAUAAAAAUUAAAAAAAAAAUAACAUGUAAUUAUC